UAGGAGCCUCCCAACAUUACAGGUGUUCGAAAUGAACGGAGGGGGAACCGGCUUUCCCUUCCAUGAAAUGACCAGACUACCCUUCUCUCCGGCCAUAGUCCAGGAGGUCCGUCGCUUCGAUGGCCGAGCAUGCGUGACGCGGCCGGGAAGAAGGGAUUCCUGCCGGGUGUCCCCUCGGCGGAGCCACUUGGCGGCGACCGGAGCGAACCAAAUAACAACAGAUCUCUGAUUUGGCUGCAAGAUCACCGUGCCGUCCAGGGGAACCGACGGCGAGGAUCCGGGAGAUCGGGAGACCUCGCAAGCGAGCCUGCAGGACCUCCAAUGAACGACGGCCACGCUUCUGCCCACACACGUGAGAGGAAGCGAAAAGCUUAUAUACGGCCUCGGUGAGGCGCAAGCCUCUACGACUACUCCCCAGGCGUCGCCCAAGGGAUCACACAACCCUCACUUUCUCAGAUUAUACACAGAUCCGUUUCUCUGGUGAGGACAGAGCGGUAGCAGGAGCAAUGCGCGCGCGCGGAGGCAUGACGGCGACUAUGGUACCCCUCCGCCGCUCGCCCACCGAGAAGCCUCCCUUCACCCUCGGUCGGAUCAAAAAGGCCAUUCCACCUCACUGCUUCGACCGCUCCGUCAUCCGCUCCUUCUCCUACGUCUUCCGGGACCUGCUCUUUGCCGUUCUCUUCCUCUACGUCGCCGUCGCCCUCAUCCCGAAGCUCUCGCUCGGACUCGCCCUCGCCGCCUGGCCACUCUACUGGGUCGUCCAGGGAUGCGUCCUCACCGGCCUAUGGGUCAUCGCCCACGAGUGCGGCCAUCACGCCUUCUCCGACUACUCCCUCCUCGACGACGUUGUCGGCCUCGUCUUUCAUUCCGCCCUCCUCGUCCCCUACUUCUCCUGGAAGUACAGCCACCGCCGGCACCACUCCAACACCGGCUCCAUCGAGCGCGACGAGGUCUUCGUCCCCAAGCCCAAGGCCUCUCUUUCAUGGUAUUCCAAGUACCUCAACAACCCGCUCGGCCGCCUCGUCACCCUGGCCGUGACCCUCACCCUCGGCUGGCCAUUGUACCUCGCCUUCAACGUCUCCGGCCGCCCCUACCCCCGCUUCGCCUGCCACUUCGACCCCUACGGGCCGAUAUACACGGACCGCGAGCGGGCCCAAAUCUUCAUCUCCGACGCCGGCCUCAUGGCGACCUCGUAUGCCCUCUACCGCUUCGCGGCCAGCUACGGCUUCUGGUGGCUGGCGAGGGUGUACGGCGUGCCGCUGCUGAUCGUGAACGGGUGGCUUGUCCUCAUCACCUACCUGCAGCACACGCACCCGGCGUUGCCCCACUACGACUCGAGCGAGUGGGACUGGCUGCGGGGGGCGCUGGCGACGGUGGACAGGGACUACGGGGUGCUCAACAAGGUGUUCCACAACAUCACGGACACCCACGUCGCGCACCACCUCUUCUCGACGAUGCCGCACUACCACGCCACGGAGGCGACCAGGGUGAUCAAGCCGCUGCUGGGCGAGUACUACCAGUUCGACGGGACUCCGCUGCUGAAGGCGAUGUGGAGGGAGGCGCGGGAAUGCAUCUACGUGGAGCCGGACGAGGGGAGCAAGCAGGAGGGUGUCUUCUGGUACCGGAAGGAGUUCUGAAUCGAUCCGUAAACCAAAAGAGAAGAUUUGGCGAGGGAGGGAAAGGAGGACGCGCGGCGGCGGCGCUGUCGUUGCUACGUCCUCUUUGUGUUAGUGCCUCGUCUUCGUAGAAUCGGAUAGGAAGUCGAAGAAGAGAGAAGAGACUGAUAGGGUUGUUUUUACUCGUUGGUCUCCGAUAAUGCUCUUUCUUUCUUUCUUCCUUUCUUUA